UUGUGGAGGGAGAUAUGGCCGACCCUGCACGUCGACCUAGGGACAGGGCUCCACGGUUUCAGUUCGACAUGUCCCUCCUCGCGGCACUUCUCGACCGUUGGCGUCCGGAGACACACACGUUUCACCUCCCGGUCGGUGAGAUGACCACUACUCUUCAGGACGUGGCGAUGCUUCUAGGCUUGCCGUGUGCUGGACGAACCGUGGGUGCAGAGGACGUGGGACUCUCGUGGCGCGACGACCUUUUGGCUUGGUUCGCCGGGGUUCAGCGCAACGAGCUAGCGUUUCCGUACCGGCCCUUGCCUGCGAACCACGCACACGGACCGACAAAGAGGUGGCUCCUACAGUUCAGUGCGGACUACAUGAGGGCAGACGCAGACGACUUUACGGUUGCCAGGCACUUCGAGGCCUACUUACUGUGGCUGUUCGGCUGGGUCAUGUUCUGCAGCUCUCAGGGUGACUCGUGCCCCAAGCAGCUCAUUCCUUUGGCGAGGUCGAUAGCUGAUGCUCCACUUCACGAGGUCCCACAGUUCAGCUGGGGUUCUGCCGUUUUGGCAGCGACUUACAGGGGGUCUUUGCACGGGCGUGACGAAGGUCUCAGCAGAGGAGCCCAUUUUUGUUGGGUGUCCUCUACUGUUACAGCUCUGGUCGUACGAGCGCUUUCCCGUCGGUAGGCCAGAGAUGGACUUCGAGCCGUACGU